GACGGCUACCAUGGACUCACCAGCAGGGGGGUGGUGGUGCCAGCUGAUCCUAUGAAGGAUGACCGCAGCCUGGCCAAACUUGUAAGUGAUGAGGUGAAGCCCACGAAAACUGCAGCAGCAGUUGAAGAUCCUACGUUGCUCGCUCUCACUUCUCCAGUGCCACCUGUGUCCCCCAAAGCUAGCGCCGAUUCGAUGAGCCAAGGUGACGUAGUUUAUGUUGAUUACGGCGAAAAUCCAACGGUGAUUCAUAGUAGAUUAGUACUGGCAGAAGUUGACCGAUCACAGCAUGAGUUCAUGAUCCUGACUCCUGAUCAAGACGUGUACUGUGAGAUCCUUCACCAGAGCAACCCCGACUAUGUGGGCUUCUACUUGUCUGGCGCCAACAAUGCUCUACCUCCUGGCGUCCCUCCUGCCCAGAUCUACGGCUUCAGGCCAAUGACUGCUUUGGAGCUUUCAAACUUUCUGCAGAUGGGAAGGGGCGAAGCUGACCGUGAGAGAGCGAACAGGGGUAUGGCUCCUUUGGCUGCAGCUGGGGCUGGUGCGGGACAAGUAGCUCAGAUCUGGGUCCUUGCAACUAUGGUUGAGGGUCACAAGGUGGGUGAAGAAGUUUUUCCUCCUGCUGGCUUUCCUACUAUGGGCGACUAUGGCUUGAUGAAUGUUAACGAUCCUAGGGGAGCACCCAAGACUGCCAUGAUCAAGAGGAUCAAGCCUGAGGAUCUUCCCACGGCCUGCGAGGAGCUUGUGCAGGUGGCUAGGAGCACUGAAGCGGUGGAUGGCGAUGACAGAAGUGCUUCUGAAGACAUUCGAACCAUGUCAGUCAGGUACUCUGCAAAUGGUGACCGCCUCAGGAACUUCAAGGAGACGGUCGCCGAGAUGCAGGAGUGCGAAAUGGAAGACUUUCCGUUCCAGCCAAGAACUUGCCUGGAAUAUCUCCGGGCGGUGGGAACAGUCGCUGAGUCCAGUGUUGGCCAGCACAAUGCUUGGGUUCAGCAAAGUCGCAUUCCUGAGUCGUCCAGGGCAGUGUACGAGGACGAGGCCUUGUCCCAAAUUCUCGACACCGCCAUCUCCUUCGACUGUCUUCAAGUCUGCAAUCUUGCAUGUUUUGAGCUCCUUGUCAGACGGAAGCAAUUGAUCGCAGAGGCCCACCAGUUCAAUCCAUCUAAUCCUUCAUAUGAGGGAGCUGAAUUUUGGAUGGGCAGUCGUUACAAGAGUGGUGGAGCUAUUGUAGUGCCGGCCUUGACAGAGGAUGUGGCCAAGCAGCUCCAGGCUGAAAGCCAAAUCCUCAAGGAGCGUCGCAAAUUGGCAGAAGCAAAAGGCACAGGUCGUGGAGGAGGUCCAGGCAAGCCGCCGAAUGCUGGUCCAAAAGGAGGGCCACAGGUCGCCUCCACACCGAUCACCAAACCAGGGCUUUCCCGCGGCACUCGGCGUCGGUUACUGACAAAAGCUGCCUUCAAUGAGCGUGUGAACAUGGCCUUGCGCGCUUUGAAUUCAAUGUACUUCGGGGAGAAGGCCACCAUGAGGGCAAAGAGCGUAGAUGACCUCUCAGGGUUGCCUCUGGUGCAGCGUGACUGCAUACUCAAUGUGCAAAAGCAUGUCAAACUGCUUGGGCCUCCUCCCAUGGAUGCACGAUGCCAAGGAGCCUUUGCUGCGCUCCGGGCAGCCAGUUCCUCAUACCAUGAUAUUGAGCCUGGCGUUGGUGAUGUGGUGGAGAUGGAUAUCAAACAGUUGUCACUUCCUUCAGGGAAGGUGGCUGGUGUCUGUCUCGGCCAGAAUCUUUGCGGUGCUGUGAAGGAGAUGGUGGAAAAUUUUGAUUCUUUCAUGCUGCAAGAUGCUUCCGUGUGGACCGAUUUGGAGGCUUGGAGCAGUAUUUUUGCCUUUGCGGUGACAUUACAGCUGACGAGGUUGGGGGAUCUGCGAGAGACACCUCCCGCCGGACGUGGUGCAAAACUGUGGCAAGUGGCACGAGCGGUGGCGUUUCCGGAGGCUGGAUGCCGCGGAAUGGAAGCCGCGGGAGAGGGACCAAGGCGAACCAUCCACAAGGUCAAGCAUGUGGACAGCUCUGGUGCUGGAAAAAGAGCAAUCCAAAAGAAGCAUACCAUCCUGGAACAGAAGAGUGUCAGUUGCGAGGUGAAACAGCAGUAUGCGGGGUACCUCCAGAGGUUCGUGGGCUUCUGCAAGGAGAGCGGGUUCCAUUGGCCUCCCGCUUCAAAUCUGAUAGACCCUCUCCUAACCGACUACCUCGACAUCCUCUACCUAGACAAUCGCUCUUGUCACGAAGGAGAAAAGACGUUGGCCGCAGUGGAGUUCGAAAUGAUCCAGUUGAAAGGCGAAGGCCUAGACAUCAAGGGGCGAAAUGUGAUCCCACCUUCCAAAGCGGCUGGCAUCCAAUACCGCUGGGUGAAUGUCGUGAUCCGCGACAUGGAGGGAGGAAAGCCAGACAAAGUAGGCAUCUACGACAACAGCAUCCCGCUCGAUUUGAAACACACAAAAUGGAUUGGGGACCAGUUGCUGAGAAAGGCAAAAAUGUUGAGCAGUCCGGACAGUCUGAUCUUCACAUUCUCCAUGGAAGAGUUCCGGGUGCAGUUUGUGAAGGCAGCGUCUCAGAUGGGGCUGCACCAAUUGCAUCCAUAUCAGCUCCGCCAUGGCGGCGCAACAGAAGAGCUGACCGCCAAAGUGAGAGAGUUCAACCAAGUCAAAUCCCGGGGCCGCUGGAAAACAGACAAGUCAGUGAGGAGGUACGCCAAGAUUGGGCGUGUCCAGCAGUUGCUGGCGAAAAUGUCCAAACAGGGCCCCCGGUUUUGCCAGUGGUCGGAAAAGAACUUAGAGCAAGUGUUUCGUGGCACGAAGGCCGCACGGAAAGUGACAGACUUUUGCACAGACAGCAACGGUGUCUUCUGGACUCUCCGAGCUCAACCAUAUCCAUGGCAGCUAGCCCAGAAGUUUGCUGCGCUGGCGGCCACGGCACUCAGUGGCAUUGAAAUGCCUGGUGUCCCAAGCAAAACCUUUGAAACUCUCUGGCCCAACACGGGCCAUCUGGCCAUGCAAAAGAAGGAUGGCGGCAAUCUGAGUGAAGUCCCCGAAGUGUCCACAACAUCGUCCUCGAGCACACAGAGUACAUGUCCGACAGCGGUCCAAGUGAAACCAAUGCCUGAUGCUGUGGCCCAUUCGGAGACACCCACGGGUUCCGCCGGAGUGAAACCAAUGCCUGAUGCUGUGGUCCAUUUGGAGCCACCCACGGGUUCCGCCAGUGCUGCAGUAAAGACACCGCAGAAAACAAGUAGUGAGAAAACAAAAACACAUGGCAAAAAACGCAAACCAGUAGAAGAUCCAGAAACACCUGAGGAAAAGCCGAAGAAGAUUUUGCCAGAAGGCUGUGGCGGUUUUACCACCAAAGCCAUGUCAUGUCAGAUUUGCUCCCGGCCGCGGGAGGUUGACCAAAGAGGCUCCGCGUGCCCAACUUGUUUGCAAAUCAUGCGGGGCAAAGUUUUUAACGUCCGCAGUAUCUCCAAAGUGCAGGCUGACAAGGCCAUGCACGUUGCAAUUCGAUCCAAGUCUUUGGAGAUGAAACCCAUCCGUUCACAGCAGCAGGAAGAGCACCUUCGGAACACAGUUUCCCAGGUGGAAAAGAUGCGAACCAGCAACAUAGGAGCUCCAUCGAUCAGCGUCGCACAGUUGGACAUGGUUGUGUCUUCCAUGCCGUGUACUUUGCAAGAACUUGUGGAUUCAGGCUAUGCCAUCGGAAAGACAAGCUAUCGCCAAGCCAGAAGUGCGAACCUUGAGGCGCCACAAUCAAGCAGACGAAACCCCGGAGGAAGGCCCCGCAAAAUUUCCGACGCAUCGUUGCAUGACACAGUUCGCAGUACACUGGCCCCCUACCUGCAAGAAAGUGAAAAAGUUGUCGUUGUCGGUCGCGGGUCUCGUCGCCAAUUCGUUUUAGCACAGCACUUGUCCAAGAAGCGGCUUCAGAUCUACAAAGCAGAGACAGCGUUGAACCAGAUUUUGGGAAAGGUUGAUCGCUUUCCGCAACAUGAUCCCUUCGAAACAUGUUUCAACGCCUAUCGCUCCUGCAGAAAAG